UGUGUAAUGUAAUGUACCUUGACGAUAUCCUAAUAUACUCCAAGACGAUGGACGAACACAUACGUCACCUGCGGCAAGUUUUGGAGAUCUCUCAGAAUGAACAGUUCCAUGCCAAGCUCUCGAGAAGCGAGUUCGCGUUGAAUCAGGUUCCCUUUUUGGUACACGUUAUCAGCGCACGCGAAGUACACGUGAACCCCGAGAACAUCGAAGCAGUGAAGCAGUGGAAGCAGCUAGGAACCUUAUCUCCAUGGAAUCCCCAAACUCUGAUUUCUCACAGAGAUCCGAAGUUCACUAGCAAGUUAUGGAAGGAGCUCAUGCGACUCCUUAUAACCCGUCUGGAGAUGUCAUCCACAUACCAUCGACAGACUAAUGGGCAGACAGAACGACUAAACCAGAUCGUGGAACAGUUGCUGAGGGUUGCCUGCAAGGACGAAAUAAGCAAGUGGGACCAGCAGUUACCUCUACUGGAAUUCUCCAACAACAACGCUACCCACUCUGCUACUGGACAAACACCGUUCUUCCUUUGCUUCGGACGACAUCCCCUCAUUCUACAAUAGCCUCUUGUUCUUGCUCAAGUCCA